AAUUGUCCUAAAUCUGUUAGCUUUAGGGUGGAGUGUGCCUUUGUAUAGCAUUUCUAGUGCAAUCUAUGCAAAAACCCACCCCACAAAACAAAACCCAGAAAAAAGCCUCACACUAAAUCGGCGAAAAUGGAGACGAGAUUAUACGUAGGGGGUUUAGGAGAAAGAGUAACAGAGGAGGAUCUUCGUACGACAUUCUCUCAUUUGGGUUCUGUUCGUUCAGUUGAUAUCAUUCGUACCAAAGGCCGAACCUUUGCUUACCUCAACUUUCUUCCUUCUUCUGACAAUUCUCUUCCCAAACUGUUUAGCACGUAUAAUGGGUGUAUGUGGAAAGGAGGGAGGCUAAAGCUAGAAAAAGCAAAACAACAUUAUAUUGAUCGAUUGAAACAAGAAUGGGCAGAAGAUGCUGAACUCUUAAACAUGGAAGCUACCAUUUGCAAUAAGGAUGAAAACAUGGCUGCUUCUUCAGAGCCCAAGAGUACCCUUGAUCUUGAAAAGAUGCAGCUUCGGAUGUUCUUUCCCAAACUAAGAAAGGUGAAAUCGUUGCCCUUUCGUGGAACUGGCAAACACAAAUACAGCUUCCGGCGUGUUGAAGUGCCUUCUCUUCCAGUUCAUUUCUGUGACUGUCCGGAGCAUAACAACCCGACUGAAACCCUUAAAGUAACAAGAGUUCAUGAAAAGAUCAAUAAUGAAGGGAUUAACUCGAAGAAUAGAUUUUUCCCUUCAAAAUUUGAGGGGAUUCAAUCUUCUGGAGAAUCUCAAGUACAUGACUCUGAAAUACAAGAUGGUGGCAUGAACGAUGAUGAGAUAAAUAUUAUGAAUUCUGUAAUGAAAAAGCUUUUGGAUAGGAAGACUGCAAAACCUGAACGAAAGGACGUUCAUGAUUUACCAAAGGAUGAUAUCCCAACAUUUGAGUCUCAAGAGAACAAAAUUGAAAUAGAUGAAGAAACAGACGACGAGGAUGAUGAUGAUGAUAUCAAAAUCAAUGUUGGGGUACAAAAUGUUGAGCAUGAAAACUGGGAGCUGCAAACAUGCCUAAUUAAUGAGAUGGCUGGGUCAAAUAAACAAUUGACUUCUGUUGCUGCCAAAAGCAAUCUUGGUACCCAGAAUGAAAAGGUAAAACUAUCUAGUAAGAAAAGAAAAUUAUUUUCGAGUGAAAAUAAUGAAAAAGACGUAGUUUCUCCUAUCCUUAGAAAGAAAGUUGUCUCAAAAACUCGGUCUGAGGAGUCUGAGCUGAAUUUGGAAUUGAAUAGGGUAGCAGAACUCGAAACCAAGAAACCCUUUACAAGUAGCAUGUGGUCUCAGAAGUCUUCAUGGAAACGACUGAUUGAUGAAGGUGGUACGAGUUCAUUCCAGUUAUCGCAUAUAUCUCGUGAUGAGACUAACAUUGACGAGGAGCCUAUGUUUGAUGGAGAAACAUCAAGUGAUGACGAGAAACAUGCAAGGGUCAGUAAUGAUGUGCAUGAUGAGCAUAAACAUGGUGAGACUAACAGUGAUGAAGGGCAUAUAUCUGAUGAAGAAACAUCAAGUGAUGACGAGAAACGUGCAAGGGUUAGUAAUGAUGUGCAUUCUGAGCAUAAACAUGGAGAGACUAACACUGACGAGGGGCCUAUGUUUGAUGGAGAAACAUCAAGUGAUGACGAGAAUCAUGCAACAGUCGAUCAUGAUGUGCGUGAUGAGCAUAAACAUAGUAAUAGAACAUCAUCCGACCGGAAAGAACUUGAAAGGGUCAGUAACUUAGAGCAUGAAAACUUGGAUGACCAAUCAUUGAAGUCCGAGGAUAGCGAGGGGCCUGAAGUACCUCAGCUGGUUGAAUCUGAUGCAGGUUUAGAUAUAGCAGCUAGAGGUAGUUCAUGGCUGCAGAAAUCCUCGUGGACUCAGCUCGUAGGUGGUGGAAACAGUAGUUCCUUCAGCAUUUCACAAAUCUUGUCUGGAGAUCAAGUCGAAAAGCAGCAGUUAAACAAGACAAACGAGCAUGUUAAAAGCGAAAUGUCUUUUGGUGGCACUCAAGGCUCAAGCUUUGGGUUUUCUGGUACCGACAAGAAACAGGAUACCGAAACAAGUUCCGCUAGACGUAUACAAUCGAGUAAAGCUCCAAAGGGUUACGAUCAUGUUGACUCAACAAUCACUAAGAAGUCUGAUACACACCAAAAAGUAUCCAAUUCGCUUUCUGAAACCGGUUUUAUUGAUACUUCCACAUUCAUUAGAAGUGCAGAUUCUAUGAAAGAGUGGCAGGCGGCUAAAAAAGCUCUUACUAGUACCCUUAAAAAAAAGGACACCAACAAAUAAGGGUGUACUUUGUUAUACUCAACUCAACCACAUUUCUUGAAAUUUUAUAUCGUCUGUAACAUUUCAUGAAGCGAUCUAUUAAGCAUCUUGAACAAGUUCAUUAGACUAGUGUUUUCAGUUUGACUUUUAUUUACCAUGUAGCAGUUUUGCAGGGAAAGCUACGAUUUCGUUGAAUUUGUUGUAUUUUGGGGGUUAUGAAUAACAGAAGUUGGUACGUUUUUGCGUCCAUGGGGCGAGUAUAAGGAUUCAUUCAUCUAA